AUGUCAACAAAUACCUUUUCCUCAACUGCCCAGGCAACUUCUACUUCUCCUCGACCUUUUAUUUUCAUAGACAGCAGUGACCCAAUACAUCCAAAUCAAGUUAUUAAACAUACAGAGUCAACUCCAAUUAUUAAACUCCCGUUCCCUCCACUCAUCGAUCCUCACGAUAUAAUAAUGAAGAAAUCACGCGGCCAAACUACCCCAACUAAACCACCAAACGCAUUUAUCAUAUACCGGCGUAAAUUUGUGGAAACCGCUCACUCGAUCGGAUAUAAAAUUCCAAUGACUGUCGUAUCUACAAUGGCAUCGCAGAGUUGGGAUCUCGAACCAGCGAACGUAAAGAACGAAUACAAGAGAAUUGCCAAAGAAGCAAAGGAUUUAUACUACAAACUGUAUCCGAAAGCCACUCCUGCCAAAGCACCAAAAAGAUGGAGAGCCUUUCUCAAAGCACCCGAUUCUAUCGACAAUAUUGGGAUCUCGCCGGUUACAAGCUUUAUGUCUCCUGACGAAACUCCGGAUUUGUAUGUUCCGGAUAUAAUCGAUAAUACGACCUAUACUAAUCUGCUUGACUGCGAAAAUGUCAACUUGGGGUGCGAAGAUGUAGGAGAUACAAUGCAAUUGUUAUUGUUUUUAGAUGAAAUGUUACCUAUACAAGUUACAAGCCAGGAUGGCUAUGAGCGAGAAGUUGGUGGAGUGUAUUUUUGA